GUAGCAGAAAAAAUUGUAAUACAUUUUAUUACCUCACAAACAUUGUGGAUAAGGUAUUGAGAACCUAUGCUUUCCAGAUGUUUCUUUAAAGAGCAAAGUCUUACAUAAGUAUUGGCCCAGAAGUAUGCAAAGGUAAAAUACACUUAAAAUAAUGUGUUUCAGGGAAGGUAGAGAUUCACUGAAACUGGCCAAUCCUAAUGAAUGAACACUUUCUAACAUAAAGGCUUAUUACCUUCUGUCAUGGCUAUAAAAAUACAUCAUAGUUGCAGAAUAGGAAGUGCAGCGCUAUUGGCUAGAAUCUCAGUGAGUAUUCAUUGACUGAGGAGGGGUUUCAGGACAGAUCACUGCAAACUGUCAGCUGCUGCUCUGUAGGAACUUUGUGAGAGUGGAUGGAUCGUUGGAAAGGCAGGGUUGCUCUCGUCACUGGUGCUUCAGUGGGAAUCGGAGCUGCAAUCGCGAAGUCUCUUGUCCAGCAUGGCAUGAAAGUAGUCGGCUGCACCAGAAACCUGCAACAAAUAGAGUUUGUGUGGACACUGAGUUAUGCACGUUGCUGAUAUUCAUUUCUACAUGGCCACCAAAUACGCUGUGACUGCUCUCACCGAGGGUUUGCGACAAGAGUUACGGGAGGGCAAGUCCCACAUACGUGCCACAAGUAUAUCCCCUGGUAUUGUGGAGACAGAGUUUACCUACUGGUUCUUGAGUCACAACCCAGGAAAGGCUGCUGCUGCCUAUAAAAGUUUGAAGUGUCUAGAAGCAGAUGACAUUGCUAGUGCAGUGAUGUAUGUCCUAAGUGCUCCUCCCCAUGUCCAAAUUGGAGGACUUCAGAUCCUACCUGUGGAACAGAUGUGAUAGGUGCUUGAACAGAUGGACUGGGUAAAGUGUCCCUAACAUUAUGACCAUCAUCUUCAAAGCUCAAAAAUGAACAAGCUGCUGGA